CACAUUCAUGAACGACCAACUUUUGGGUGGAGGUGAUUUCGUGUAACCCGAGCCGAAGCAGAUGGGUUACUUUCGAUUUUUUCUUUAAGAGCUAAAUAGAUUAGAUUUUUUCCCUACAACCAUUCUUGUUGAUGUUUUAUCCCGCACUCAAGCGUGUCUAUUUACGUAGUAUUAGCGGUUUUCACGACUUAAUUUAUAUAAUAGAUGGUAGAUCUAUUGAUUCCUAAAUCUUGAUUAUGGUGUUUUUGGAUGUUGACACCUUUGAUUAUCAUAAACCGUGAAAUACUGAAAACUUGACACUCAGAAAUGACAAUUUGCAAAGAACACGCUACAAUUUUUUUUCUGAUUACUCGAGAUACAGUAGAGUACUGUAUAGAUCUAGAUCUACAUUUUCAUUUUUUGAAAUCAUUUACACCAGAGACCUAUAUACUAGUAUAUAGGUCUCUGUUUACACAUACAACAAGUUAACCUAGCUGGUUUCAAAAAUAUAAAUUUCAAUAUAAUGCAAAACAGCAACAAGAAAAGCUGUAGAAAAAAUGACUUCAAUCUUUUAAACCGUUGAAUAGAAAAUCGAAAAUAACCAAAGCCCUGACUCGGCUCGGGAUACACGAAAUCACCCUCGCCCAACUUUUGGCAUACUCAUGUUGAAAAUUGUUCGUCGGGUUGCCGUCAUAAAAUCGGCACUUAAACCCAUUUCAUCAGCCCGCCUUUGUAGCAGCUCUGCUCCACUCGAGUAUCACUCCAAACCACUCACAUUUAGUCAAGUCGACAUGAAAAUACUCCUCCUUCCAGCUCUUAAAGACAACUACAUGUACCUCCUUAUAGAUGAGGAUACUAAGGAAUGUGCGUGUGUGGACCCCGUAGAGCCAGAUAAGGUUCUAAAUGCGGUGAAGGAGCAAGGGGUCAAACUGACGACAGUGCUGACAACACACCAUCACUGGGAUCAUGCUGGCGGUAAUAAAGAUUUGAUUGAAAAGGCUGCAGAGCCCAAACUCAAUGUUUUCGGUGGGGAUGAGCGUAUUGAUGGCCUUACCAAGAAAGUUGUUCAUAACGACAAAUUCAAGGUUGGCAAUUUAAACGUACGCUGUUUGUAUACACCAUGUCACACAACCGGCCAUAUCUGUUAUUUUGUCACCAAAGAUGGUGGCAAAGAACCAGUGGUCUUCACAGGAGACACCCUAUUCGUGGCAGGUUGUGGCAGGUUUUUUGAAGGCACACCCACUCAGAUGAAAGAGGCUCUCAUCGACAUACUGGGAACACUGGACCCCAAAACUAAAGUUUACUGCGGCCAUGAAUAUACUGUAAACAAUCUCAACUUUGCUCUCCAUGUGGAACCAGACAACCAAAAUUCACAGGAAAAGAUGGCCUGGGCAAAGGAGCAAAGGAAAAAUAAUUUGCCAACUAUUCCAUCCACAAUUGAAGAAGAAUUCAAAUACAACCCUUUUAUGAGAGUUAGGGAGGCUGAAGUAAUGAGUUUCACCCGUACAUCAGAACCAGUGAAGACUAUGGGCUUCCUCAGGCAGACCAAGGACAAUUUUUAGUGUCAAUAAAUUCUACUCAAUUACC